GGCCAUAAACCCUCGGCCUCGCCGCGCUUGAUUGCUUGCCGGUCCAGUAUCCGAGUUCGGCUAAUCAACUCACACGUCCCGUGCCCUCCUCCCUCGGUAACCCUCGAUUCCUCUCCUCCCUCCCCUCCCCCGCGUGAUCAUCGGACGGACCCCAGCCCAUGGCCAGCUACGACGACGACGAUGACGAGUGCGGCUACUUCUACGACGACGGCGACGCCGAGGAGGACGGCGUCGUCCCGCUCGAGGACGACGCGCCGCCGCCGGAGCGCCGCGCGGACUACUGGGCCAUUACACAAGAGUCCCUUUCCGCUGCACAGAAACAAGACCUAUCCACUGUGAUGAACUUGCUCAACAUAAAGCAGCACCAAGCACGAGCUCUCCUCACCCACCACCGGUGGAGGAUGGAUUGCAUCUGUGAUUGCUUUGACAGGAAGGGGGAAGACCGCAUGCUCAGAGAUGCAGGUAUUGUGCUGCAGGAGAAUAAUAGCUUGGCAGCAGGUGGCUCAACAGCGCCCAUGAGAAGUGUCACCUGCAAUGUGUGCUUUGAGGAUUUCUCCCUGAGUUUUAUCUCGACCAUGGACUGUGGGCAUUGCUUCUGCAAUGACUGUUGGACGGAGCAUUUCUAUGCCUCCAUAAACAGUGGGAAAAAGCAGAUUCGGUGCAUGGAGGUGAAGUGCUCGGUCAUCUGCGACGAGGGCAUAGUGCGAUGCCUCCUUGGCUGGAAGUACCCUGACACGGCCAAGCGCUUCGAUCACUUCCUACUCCAGUCCUACCUUGAGGACAACGACUCGGUCAAGUGGUGCCCGAGUACCCCGCACUGUGGCUGUGCAAUUCGUGUGGGCGCUGGGGAGCGGUACUGUGAGGUGGAGUGCCUCUGCGGCUUCGGCUUCUGUUUCAACUGCGCAGCACAGGCGCAUUCUCCCUGCCCUUGCACCAUAUGGGAGAAAUGGAGCGUCAAGAGCCGUGGCGAGUCGGAGAACAUCAAAUGGAUCCUCAACAACACCAAGAGCUGUCCUAAGUGCUUCAAGCCCAUCGAGAAGAACGGCGGCUGCAACCUUGUUCGGUGCAAAUGCGGCCAGUGUAUGUGUUGGCUCUGUGGUGGAGCGGCCGGCUUGGAGCACACGAGGAGAAGCAUCGCCGGCCACAGCUGCAACCGUUACAAGGAAGACGCCAGUGGAAAGGCUUUGGACGCCAGCAGGCAGCAGAUGCAGCGGUACAAGCACUACUGCGACCGGUUCAAGAUCCACGGCGACUCGUACAAUGUGGAGAAGGAGAACCUGGGGCCGGCCGUCCAGGAGCGCGCAAGGCAGCUGGACUCAAACCUCGCGCGGCCGUUCACGAUGCGGGACGGCGACUGGCUGACUCGGGCGCACCGGCGCCUGCUUGUGUCGCGGCAGGUGCUGUCGCGGUCGUACGCGUUCGCGUACUACAUGUUCGGCGGCGAGGUUCGGACGCGCCCCCAGGAGCGGGCUCGCCUGGCCGUGGCGCGGAACCUGUUCGAGGACCAGCAGGAGCAGCUGGAGCGGCACGUGGAGCACCUGUCCAAGGUGCUCGCGGCGGACGUGCCGGCGCUGCCGGAGGCGGAGAUCAUGCGGGCGAAGCAGGAUGCCGCCACGCUAGUCAAGACCGUGGAGACGCUGUGCGGGGAGUUGUACAAGUGCAUCCAGGACGAGCUGCUGACGCUGCUCGUGGACCCCAUGAGCAUCGCGGCGUACUGGCCGGACGGCCCCGACAGGGCCAAGGAGUUCGUGGCGUGACGUGCGGACGGGACGGGCGUGCUCGACGCCGCCACGUGCUCGUCGUGUGGCAGUACCGGAACCGUGCAUGGAUGUAUAG